AGAGGAAAAGAAAAAACAAGAGUUGGAGAGGAAAGAGGAGGAGAAAAGGAGAAUGGAACAGAGGAGGGAGAAGGAACUAUGCAGUGCAAAAGGCAAAGAGCAGACCGCUAUUGAAAAUCUGGAGAGACUGUUCUCCUGCAACACUUCCCCAACACCCCCACCUCCUCGCCUUUCUUCUGUUACUGCACCUUCUUCAGGUCCAUUGCCCCCCUGCUCCCAGGCUUCACCCCCUUACCCCUGGCUCAGCCGUGGUGGCAUACUCCCCUGUCCACCAGGCCAGACAACCACCACCAUUACUCCUGUAGAAAGGCUGCGGCCGCCCCCUCUUACACCUCAAACAGAGUAUGCCAGAGAAAAGCAGAGGCAGAGGGAGAUGUGGAGCAACAGUGGCGGAACGACAUUCAGCCCCUCAUCAACACACAAUACCUCAGGGAUGAACCAGUCGGUAUACCCCAACAAGCCCCCGGCAAUGCAAGCCGCACCCAACCUAUCCAAAGACUCAGCCAGGGAGAGAGACAGCAGCAAACACUCUCUCCCCACCUUGGCACUUAGAGAGCCUCCCAAACUGUAUCAGGCUUUUCCCAGAGAAAACCCAACACCACCAUUAUCCUCCAGCUCUAUGAGGGGAAUCCUAAACCAGCAGAUGACAGGAAGUGGUUUGGAAAAUGCCAGUAGCUGCACUGCUGAAUCUGCCCAAUUUGAGGAAGAGCCAUCUGAGUUAUCCACACUGCUCCCCGAUGGUCUGGCUAACAUUAUGGCUAUGCUGGAUGAGUCCAUUAAAAAGGAAGAGGAGAUGUAUAACAGUGAAAAGGCUGGGUCCACAGGUCUCCUUGACAACUUUACUCCUUGUGUUCAGCCUAUCAAGAGCUACCUGAGUGCCCCAGACCUGAUUCCAGCAAUGAAGCAUCAGCCCAACCAGGAAGACUUUGGAUCCACUCCGCACGCUAGCCCUCCUGUGCUCAGUCGCCAAGGCUCCCUGGCAUCCCCUUGCAGCCGAACAUCAUCUCUCAAUGAGGAGGAUGAGGACUACUUUAAACCUUCUUCAAAUGUCCCUCUGAUCCCCAAACGGUCAAUGGACAUGGGAGUGGGGAACACCAAUUACCGCCACAGCGACUUGGCUAAACUUUAUGGCCUCCCCGAGCAGACGAAAAGUGAGGUUGAUGAGGAGGAAGAUGACGAGGACUCUGAGACACCGUCUUGUUCUCCACCACCCCAAAGACCCCACCUCCACCAAACGGGUGUAAACAGCAUGUUCAAGUCCCUGGCAACAGUCCAAGAGAGCCAGAAGUAUGCUUACCGCGGUGGACCUUUUGGGAGACCCCCUCCAUCAGCUCUGCUUGGGGUCAAAUAUUCCUCAUCGCUGUCACUGGGCCCCGAUAUCUGCCGCCAGCAGCAAGGCAGUUCACCGACGUCAGAUUCUACUAAUCCACCGUUUAGCCCAGCUUUCCCAUCCCUAAAGUCCUCCCCUCCUCUUCUAGAAGACAAAAAACUGAAAAUAGAGGACGCUCAUGACUGGAGAGAUGAUGGAGAGACAACAGAGGACAGAAUACACUCUACCCAAAAGAGGAGUAUUUCUACCUUAAAACCCAUUAAGGAGAUCAAAGAGGAGCAGCUGUUGACGACUAUCUCUGCGUCUUCUCUGGCAGAAUUAGGCAAAAGCUGCGAGGACAUGCUUAGUAGACAGUCCCUUCCUAGCCAUAACCCGCUUGAUAAACCCGAUGGCCAUGUCAAACUGAAAGACAGACACAAACCUGAGAAGGUAAAGGAACACAGAGAGAAAGAUAAGACGAGGAAGCAUGGUCACAGCAGCAGGAAGCACGAAGACAGGACAGAGAAGAAGAAGCAUAGAGAAAAGAGAGAGGAGAUGACCUUCUGCUCUUCAUCAUCAUCAUCAUCAUCUUCUUCCACUCAUUCCAGCUCCAGCCACAGGCGGCACAAGGAAAAGAAAGAUCGCAGAAUUCUCGGUGACCUCAACCUCCAGAGCAAGGAGGGGUCUGAGAAGAAUCGGGGUCAUUAUGACGCAGAAAAAACGAAACAUAAGGAAGCGUCCGGUGCCAGCUCCACCAGCGAAGGGGAGCAGGCAGAAUGGACCUCGAGAAGUUCGGGAGAAAGAUCUUCCGAGGACAAAAAAGACUCUGAAUCUGGUUCUUCGCUGGGUUCAACGGACUUCUUGAAACUGAAAGCGCUGUCAGAUGGGCCCCCCAAAGAGCUGAAGAUUCGCCUGAUCAAAGUGGAGAGCGGGGACAGGGAGACCUUCAUUGCCUCUGAGGUGGAGGAAAAGAGGAUCCCACUGGAGGACAUCACCAUUAAGAACUCUGCCAGUGAAAUCAUCAGGUCCUGCAAGGGGGCCAGAGUAAAAGGGAAGUUCAGAGAAUCUUACUUGCUCCCAGCCUUCUCUGUCAAGCCCAUCAUGACCUCAGAUGAACCCAUUCCCAGAGAGAAACUGAACCCUCCUACACCCAGCAUCUAUUUGGAGAGUAAGAGGGAUGCCUUCUCCCCUGUGCUGCUGCAGUUUUGUACAGACCCCAAGAACCCUGUUACUGUCAUCAGAGGCCUGGCUGGAUCUCUACGACUCAACCUGGGGCUGUUUUCUACAAAGUCACUUGUGGAAGCUAAUGCAGAGCAGGCGGUGGAGGUGAGGACUCAGGUACAGCAGCCUGCUGAUGAGAACUGGGACUCCAGCGGGACCGGCCAGACAUGGCCCUGUGAGAGCAGUCGAUCCCACACCACCAUUGCCAAGUAUGCCCAGUACCAGGCCUCCAGCUUCCAAGAGAGCCUGCAGGAGGAGAAAGGCAGCGAUGAUGAGGACGAUGAAGAUGAGAAGGAGAAGAAGCCCUCAAACAGUUUGGACACUCCAAGCAAGGACAGCUCUAAAGAAAGUAGCAGUGGUGAGCAGAAACAAGUGGGGAAGAUAAUUAAGUUUGGCACCAACAUUGACCUCUCCGAUCCCAAGAGGUGGAAGUCCCAGCUUCAGGAGUUGCAGAAGCUGCCGGCGUUUAUGCGUGUGGCAUCCAGUGGAAACAUGCUGAGUCAUGUUGGACACACCAUCCUAGGCAUGAACACUGUCCAGCUCUACAUGAAAGUUCCAGGGAGCCGAACGCCAGGUCACCAGGAGAACAAUAACUUUUGCUCGGUGAACAUCAACAUUGGCCCUGGAGACUGUGAGUGGUUCUCCGUCCAUGAGAACUACUGGCACGCCAUCAGUGACUUCUGUGAAAAGCAUGGAGUGGACUACCUGACAGGGUCCUGGUGGCCAGUGUUGGAGGACCUCUACAAAUCAAACAUCCCAGUGUACCGCUUCAUCCAGCGGCCUGGAGAUUUGGUGUGGAUCAACGCUGGAACUGUUCACUGGGUUCAGGCCGUUGGCUGGUGCAACAACAUCGCAUGGAAUGUCGGCCCUCUCAAUGCUUACCAGUACCAGCUGGCCCUUGAGAGGUUUGAGUGGAACGAAGUGAAGAAGGUGAAGUCCAUUGUCCCCAUGAUUCACGUGUCCUGGAACGCAGCCCGCACUGUCAAGAUCACUGACCCAGACACCUUCAAGCUGGUCAAACACUGCCUGCUGCAGUCCAUGAAGCACAUCCAGAUUCUGCGGGACCAACUGGUGGCUGACGGGAAGAAGUUAUCUUAUCAGAGUCGGGUCAAGGAGGAGCCUGCCUACUACUGCAACGAGUGUGACCUGGAGGUGUUCAAUUUGUUGUUUGUGACAAGUGAGAGCAACAGCAGGAAGACAUAUGUGGUUCACUGUGAGGACUGCGCACGUCAGCGGAGCCCCAACCUGACGAACGUAGUGGUGCUGGAGCAGUACCGCACAGAGGAGCUCAUGAACACAUACGACUCAUUCAAUCUGGCCUCCUCCCGGUGACAGAGCUCCCCUCCUGCGUCUCCUCAGCCAUAACCAAAACUCCUGCAAGCCAGGACAAAAGACACAGUUUCACUUUGGUUUUCAACUUAAUGUUUCAUUAUUUAAAAUCAUUUUUGCUACUACUGCGAACACUUGCCGAACAGCCAGUUGAAUACGUUUACUCACCAUUACUGUUUACAAAAAGAAAUACCAAGCCGCCAAUAAAAUACCAGUUUACUCUCAGAUGGUGCUUUUAACCAGGCACCCACAAGGGGGCAGCUGGUGCUGCCAUUGAACAAACUGCAGAGGGUACACGAUGGUUCCCAUGGUGUUUGUGUCAAUACCAGAGAACUUCAGCUGUUUCCUGUUGUCGUCUUGAAUACUGAGAUUUGUACAUGCUGUUUGCAAUUUUUGUGGGGUGCUGUCUUUUUUUAAAAAUAAUUUAUUGAUUUGUUUUUUCUAAACUAGAUCAACCUAGAUAUAUACCACAUUGGCCUUGUAUUUAGAAAAGAGACAAAAUGAAAAAUACUAAUAAUAGAGAACAUUUUUCUAGAGCAUUAAGAAUUUUAAAAAAUACAAAUGUUUGGAAUGCUUCAAAACAUACGGGUUUUAAGGACUUUGGUUGUUUUGGGGGAGAUUUCAUUUUGUCUUUCAAAUUCUUGUAUGUGUUGUAAAUCUUGUUUGUAUGAAUUAUACUUUAAUUUCCUCUGGCGAAUAAUAAGUUGUCACGCAUCAGGUCUUUUUGUUUAUUUCUUCCAUCUCUUUAAAAAAAAGAAAAAAAUCAUUGCCAUCUGGUGUUUGUGUGUUGUACCUCUGAUUGUUUUGUUCCAAUAUGCAGACUUAGUAUUUCAUGGAUUUUUUUUUUUUUUGCAUUGUACAUUUAAUUUAAAAUGUUUCUUCUAUUUAUUGGAUAUCAAUGGUCUCCCUUUUUUUAAAAGGGUUGUACAAGUUUGCGAUUUUGUUUCCCUCUUUAUUUUUUUUAUAGUAAGCGAUUGCUCCAUAAGAACUGAAAUGUGGGGUUGUGUGUCCACGGGAGUAGAGGCUGCUGUUUCUCUGGUGCUUGCCUCUCCUGCCUUUUUCUUCUGAUAUAUAUUAAAUGAUAUCUUUAUCUUGAAUAUAACACCACAUUUCCUGUAGACAAUAGGCACACUGCUCACGUAGGGAAGAUGACUAAUGGAAUGCUGUGUUUGUAUGCUCAUUAAGUGUUUUGAGAAAUGGUCAUUUUUUUUAUUACGUAGGGGCUUUUAGAUGAGAUUUUAAUGAUUUUAUGAUACCUGUUGAAUAUGAUAAUGGGAUAGAUGGUGCUAAAUGUUCUCUUUGAACAACUUCUCUUUAUCUUCUUAAAAUGAGAAUUCUAUUUUUCCUGUUGCAAUAUUACCGUAUCCCUUUUCUUCUCUUUGUGGUCUUUUAUUUAUAACUGCACUGUUUAGAGAAUUCACACAGACAUACUUGCAGACACACAUACACACACACCAAACUGAGCCAGACGUCUUAAACACUUUGUGAAUUUGUGUGAUAUUACUAUUAAUAAUAAAAACUUUUUGAUAAAUCCAAAA